AUGGUUGUUCCAAAAAAGUCUUCCACCAUCGAGACCACCACCGCCGCCAAGUGCCAGCAUUCCGUGACGCCGUCCAAAAUCCCUCGACCAGACUCCCGAAAAGAUACAUCACUAUCUGAUUUUCUAAAGCCAUCCAGCGCUGCUCCGCGGACCGCAGUUUUUGAUCUGAACGGUCGCAUAGUGAAAAAAUCAUCUUCCAAAGAUGACUGCCCCGUCGCAGUGCAAACUGCUGAAGCCACUGCCAAUAAAGAAAUCCUUUGUGUUCAAUCUGAACCAUUAGCCAUUACCGACGACCAUUUAUUAAGGCAGCAAGUCAGCCAGGAGAUCCUGCAGCGAGAUGGUUCAGUCACCAUCCGAACCAUCAAGACGGUCAGCUUGGAUAAUUCGACUACGGCAACACUAACGGAAAUUUCUAACAAACCACCAUCAAGCUUCCUGGUCGGUGACAAUAGCUUUGACGGAAGCACCCUGCAGAUAUCUCAGAGUCAAGCGAUAUUCAAUUACAUUCACGAGGAAAAUAAUAUGCCCAGUUCAACAAGUCGCGAGGGCGAUCGUGUGCAGAAAAUCGCAAGCCGGUGUAGUUUCGUUAACAUCUGCGAGAAAGAAUGCAGUGAUCGUAAGCCUAAACGGGGCUUUCCGUGGGCGGCUUUUUGGAAUGGAAUUAUGGCACUGAUGAUCGUGUUACUGCUUGCCAUUACAUUGCUGGUGAAUUAUCACCAAUUGAUGGCCAUUUGGUAUGGGUAUGAAUUGAAAAAGGAUUUAACUGUCCCGAUAGAAGAAAGUUACUUUGAGAAAUGGGCCAACUUUUUGUUGAGAUUCUGGAUGGAUGUGAAAAAUUUCAUAGUUCUGGACGAAUUAAACGAUGAGUUGUGA